AUGUUCAGGCCGACUGCUCCUCUCUCGGGGGGUCUGCUAUGGAAAAUCCCGUGGCGACUCUCCUCAAUGCAGAAAGCUCGACAGCGAAAACGAUUAAGGCUCGUGGAUAAGGUGGUCGACACAGUCAGUACGGCACUGGCCAAGAACGGUGGCAUGACUGCUAAAGCAGUAGAAAGAUGGUACCGCGAGAUGCCUCGGGAGGAAGAAAUGCUGCCAAAGGAUAAAUACACCAUCUACGAUCGGAAAGAGAAGAAGUACAGGAAGGGCAUACACAAACUACCCAAGUGGACAAGGGUCAGCCAACGGAUCAAUCCUCCUGGAUUCUAG